CUCCAGAAACGCAUGACUUAUAUGUCCCGUCAAAACGAAACGGUGUCCCACUUUCUCGCCGUGUCCGGCUCAGUUCCAUUCAAACCGGUCCAAUCCCAACCGGACCGGUAUUAUACAGGUGUGUUUAAAUAAUACAUAACACCUGUUUGUCACAUCACAGGUCCUCUAAAUUCGCUGCGAAUCUCAUUUUGACGGAAGCUGCGACUUUCCUUCUCAUUUUCCGGGAAAAUGCCACGGGGAACGCUUGAAGUCCUUCUUGUUGGUGCUAAAGGCCUCGAGAACACCGAUUUUCUCUCUAACAUGGAUCCUUAUGUCAUCAUGACUUGUCGUACUCAGGAGCAAAAGAGCAGUGUGGCUUCAGGAAAAGGGACAGAACCAGAAUGGAAUGAGAAUUUCGUGUUUUCCGUCUCUGAUGGUGUUUCCGAACUCUCAAUCAAGAUAAUGGACAGUGAUAAUGUUACUGACGAUGAUUUCGUGGGAGAGGCGAAAAUUCCACUCGAGGCGGUGUUUAUGGAAGGAAGCCUUCCACCAACAGCAUACAAUGUGGUUAAAGAUGAAGAAUAUCAUGGGGAGAUUAGGAUUGGCCUCAGUUUUACUCCUGAGGGAGGCGGCGACCAGAGGUCUUGUGAGCAGGAGGAAAGCUAUGGAGGAUGGAAGGACUCUUCAUACUGAGACUGAUCAAGCAUCAAUCUGCAAUUUCUCUGUUACUCUUUUUCCCUUUUGAGCUGAAUUUCUCUGUUGUCAGGAUAUUGAUUGAAACCAAAAUAAAUGGGGUAAGUGUUCUGAUGUAACUGACCCCAAAUGAUUGGGACAUAAAGUUUGGUUUAGUUUGAUUAGUUGUUAUGCUCUGAUGUAACAUAUUUGGUCUGGUGACUCCGGACAGCCUCCCCCUCCCCCUCUCUCCCAGGCUCCCCUCCCCUCUCCCGGGGAAAACUGAUUUGUAAGUUUGAAGUACCUAUUUUGAUGCUGAAGUUUUAUG